UCCGCAAGUAAAGCGCAGAAGUAGAUCGAAGAGCAAUGGCUACUUUCCCUUUAGCCUUAGUUGUCCCCCUUCUCCUCUCCUUCACUCUCUCCCCUCUCUCUUCUCAUUGUAGUGCUGAUAACAUCGAGUCAGGAGUACUGGCUGUCCCUUCACCAGUCACCCCCAAGGCUGCCGCAAUCCAGUAUUGGUAUGCCAAGGUUCACAACAACAAACCUCCACCGCAUGCCUUGCUCUCAAAACUCUCCUCGCUGCCCCCUCUUGAACUGCUCAUCACCGACUCCGACAACAUGAAAUCGUUCGAAGACGCGAAAAGAUUAGAAAACCUCUUUGAGGAGCGUAGGCACAAAGUCGUCCCGCCUCUUUCUUGGAACUGGAACAGCAACGACCCAAGCAAAGAAGCAGAAAGCCUCUAUGAGGAGCUUAGGCAGAAAAUAUCGUCUCUCUGGAGCUGGGAUCAUAGCGACCCAAGCAAAGAAUCAAAAGACAGAUAUGUCGGGCUUAGGCAAAAAAAACCGCCACUCACCUGGAACUGGGACAACAGUAAAGAAGCAGAAAACCAUGAGGGACUUCAAAAAGAAUCAAAAAAGGAUGAUAAAAACGGUCACAUCCGUACCGACACUGUUAUCGACCCACUCGGCGUCUACUUCAGAGUGAGCGAUUUGAGGCAAGGCAACGUAAUACGUUUUGUUGACUUUAGAGACUACUUUCCACAACAAUACUUCUUACCAAGGACCCUCGCCAGCAAGAUGCCCUUCAACUCCGCUGCUGCCAUAAAAAAAUUGUUCCACAUUAUGCCAGCUGACACGGCAAGCAAGAAUGUGGACUUCACCAUAAAACACUGCAAUAUACCACCAAACUUCCCGGGAGAGAUUAGGCAGUGCAUCACGUCGGCAGAGGACUUGAUCGACUUCGUGAUCAAGGGUUUGGAGACCGAUGACGUCGAAGCACGGAGCACCGAGAGCACCAGCGGGUGUGGGCGUGAUGUUUUGAUCGGGGGUGUGAAGCUCGUGAGCGAAGGUAAUGCAUUGAGUUGCCACCAGGUAGAGUUUCCCUACUUGGUUUACCAUUGCCAUGUAGUUUCCAAGACCAGGGCCUAUGAGGUGGAGAUAUUGGAUGUGGAGAGCAAGGAGAAGAUUAACCAUGCGACUGUCACGUGUCACAUGGAUACCUCGAUGUGGACCCCAACACACGAAGCGUUCACAGCGCUCAAAUCUGAGCCCGGCAAGACCGAAGUCUGCCACUUCAUCUCCAAAUGGGACAUCCUCUGGACCUCUACUGCUGAUGUGAUUGUUGCUGAAGCUUAGUAAAUGAAUGAUAGUUUAACUGUCAUGCAUAUAUACAUGCUCAUGUGGAUGGUCGUGCGUGUGUGCUGUAAGAUCUAUGUGUGGAUGUGUUCUCAUGCAUGCAUGCAUAUGUGCAUGCAUGGAUGUUGUGAGCUGUAAUAAUUAACAAAACCAUUAUCUUUUGUGUUAAUUUGUUUGCAUUUAAUGGUUU